CUCAACCUUAGAGUCAGUGCCACAGUUCCUCUGCAGAGUGAUCGGGAGGGUGUCAGUCUGUUUCUGAAGUGCUGAGUUUCAGUGUGUGCCGAUAACCAAGGCUCCUCUGUGGUCUAUCAGCCCAUCUCCACCACGCUCAUCCGCCUUCCUUCGGGGGAGCUGGACAAGCCAGCUGCACAGAGAGGAAAUACCAGGAGGAUAAUGACCUAAAGGCCUUUGUCAUUUUGCAGAUUUUUGUUUUUACCAAAGGCUGUGGAAUACAGCUAUUUCAGCUCAGGGUGUUCUUUUUGGUGCUAGGUAGAAGAUGAGGAAACACCGGCUGUUACCGCUGUGCGCGCUUCUGGGUGUCCUGUUCGCAGGACUUCUGCCCAAACUUGAUGCCCAGGGUCAGGAAGCACAAGAGUCAGCUGACCUUGUACUCUUAAUUGACGGAUCUGAGAACGUUGGAGCGGCCAACUUCCCCCGCGUGCGCGAUUUGGCUAUGAAAGUCAUUGAGGGCCUCGAUGUGGGCAGGGACACAAUUCGGGUGGCUGUGGCUCUGUACAGCGCGGACCUAGAGAUUCAGUUCUUUCUAAAUAGCUAUGACACCAAAGCCGCUGUCCUGGAUGCUGUGAAGGCCCUUCAGUUCACAGGCGGCGAUGAGGCUAACCUUGGAGCCGCCUUGGAGAAUGUCGCUGGGAGCCUGUUGACUCCGGCAUCAGGGGGCAGGGCAGAGGAGGGGGUGCCCCAAGCUCUGGUGGUGAUCAGUGCCGGGCCGUCCAAUGACGAUUUCAGUGCGGGUGACAGGGCUCUUAAGGCAGCGAGCAUUAUCACGUUUGGCGUGGUGGUCGGCGGCGAGGCUACAGCCGAGCUGGAGACUAUCGCCACAGACAAGAGCUUUGUUCUGUCGGCCCCCGAUUUCAGGGCAGUGGCAAGCUUGGGUGACCAGUUGCUACCAUAUGUUAAUGCAGUGGCCCAGCGCACCAUUGUCAUUCAGAAUGAAUUUACAGAAGCCUUGGAAGUGGGAAAAAGGGAUAUCAUUUUUCUCGUUGACAGCACUAUGGGUGCCACAUUGAUCAACUCUCUUCGUGAGUUUAUCAAAAGGUUUGUUGACACCAUGCCGAUCGGACCGGAUCAAGUGCAAGUGGGUGUGACCCAGUUCAGCAACACUGCCAGGGAUGAGAUUGAGCUGAACGCAUAUGGAUCCAAGGAAGACCUGAGUGCAGCCCUGGGCAGACUCAAGCCAAGACCAGGACAAGUGGUGAACAUCGGGGCGGCCCUGGACUUUGUGAGGACCAAUACACUGAGGGCUGACAAGGGGAGUCGUAUUAAGCAGGGCGUGCCCCAGCUGGUUCUGUUGUUGACCAGUAAGAAGUCCAGCGACAGUGUGGGGCAGGCUGCUGAGGCACUGCAGCGCAUGGGGGUUCUGACCCUGGCUGCCGGCUCUAAGACGGCCGAUGAGCAGGAGCUGAAGCAGAUUGCCUUUGAUGAGAGCUUGGUGUUCAUGCUGAAGGACUUCCGCGCAUUGAUCCGCAACCCCAAGUUGAUUGUCUCUCCCCUCUCCACUCUAUCGGGGGUUGUGGUGAUUGAGGGACCGACAGAGCCAGUGGUUGAAAUCACAACAGUGCAGACCCAGCGAGUAGUCAGAGACAUCGUCUUUAUGGUGGAUGGCUCGAGCUACAUUGGGGGUGCCAACCUUCCGUACGUGCGGGAUUUCAUUGCCAGUGUGGUAAACCAGCUGGACGUGCGGCCCGACAGGGUGCGCAUCGGUCUCAUGCAAUUCGCAGAGAACCCAAAAAUUGAAUUCUAUCUGAACACGCACAACACAAAGCAAGAUGUGCUGGCUAGCCUGGGUGAGCUCAGGCUAAUGGGAGGGUCUGCUUUGAACACGGGCGCGGCAAUGGAUUACGCACUUACCAACAUGUUCCAGGCCUCGACUGGGUCACGUAAGAGGCAAGGUGUCCAACAGGUGCUUCUCCUGAUCACUGGAGGCCCAUCCCAGGAUGAGGUUAAAAGGAUAGCAGACAAAGUGGCCGUGGCGGGUGUACUGACCUUCACAGUCAGUGCUGGCCAGGCAGAUGAGGACUACUUGAAGACGGUCGCUUUUGUUCCAAACUUGGCUUACCAUGAAAGCCGAUUUGCUGACCUGCCAAGUGUUGUUGAACAGAUCAUGACUCCUUUGACUACUGUGGUUGGAGAUACAGACAUCACAGAAACAGAAAUAACCGAGGAACCUGCAGUCGUUGGAGGCGAGAGGGAUGUUGCGUUCCUGAUUGACGGCUCUGAUAAUGUCCGAGCAGAUUUCCCCUACAUCCGGGACUUUAUCAUCAAAGUCAUUGAGCCUCUUGAUAUUGGACAAGAUAGAGUGCGGAUUUCAGUUGUCCAGCAUAGUGAGAGGCCAGCUCCCAAUUUCUACCUGAAUACAUAUAAGGAUAAGGCUGAAGUUUUAAGGGCUGUUAAUGAUCUAAGACUGUCUGGUGGACGGAGUCUGAACACCGGAAUGGCUUUGAAAUUCAUGAAGGACACCAUCCUGUCCCCAGUUCAUGGUAGUCGGGCGGCUCAAAAUGUACCCCAGUUUUUGAUUGUUUUGACCGGAGGCAAGUCUAAGGAUAGCGUGAAGGAGUCUGCUGGUGCUUUAAAGACCGAUGGAGUGGUACCAUUUGGCGUUGGUGUCAAGGAUGCAGACCCUAAGCAAAUCGAGGCUAUUUCUCACAACCCAUCCUUUGCUUUCAACGUGAAGGAAUUCAGCCAGCUCAGUACGGUCCAACAAAAGCUCAAUAGCUAUGUGAGCCUUUCCAAGGAAAAUCUGAAGGUCGUCUUGGAGGAAGGUAAGCAAAAGCUUUUCUCAUAUUCUAUGUUGUCCUCAGUUCAUGCUGAUGCUAUGAAAAGAGAUAUUGUAUUCCUGCUGGAUGGUUCUGAUGGCACAAGGAGUGGAUUCCCAGCAUUGCGAGACUUUGUUCAAAGUGUAGUGGAUAAACUCUCUGUGGAGGAAAACAGAGAAAGAGUUUCUCUGGUUCAGUACUCUGACAAACCAGAGGCCCAUUUCUAUCUGAACUCGCACAAAACAAAGGAUGCCGUUAUUCACGCCAUAAGUAAUAUGAGGCACAAGGGUGGAAGGAGCCUAAACACUGGGGCAGCUCUCCAGUUUGUGAGACAUAACAUCUUUACUGCCUCCUCUGGCAGUAGACGACUGGAAGGUGUACCCCAGGUCCUGAUCCUUUUGACAAGCAAGAAAUCCAGAGAUGAUGUUACGGGCCCUGCUGUAGCUCUUAAAGAUCUGGAAAUUGUGUCAAUAGGGGUCGGAGUUGGGGACGCCAAUUUCCGUGAGUUGGAAAUCAUUUCCUUCCAACCCGGUUUCACAUUCCAGGUCUCUGAGUUGUCUGAGUUGCACUCAAUCCAUCCACAGUUUGUUGCUCUUCUUAAAAGACUGUCAAAAGACACAGAAGAAGCUGUGGCUCCUGUGACUCGUGGAAUUCCUGAUUUAGUAGUGGAUACAGUGAGCAGCAAAAGGGACAUAGUGUUUCUCCUUGAUGGUUCAGACGACUCCAGAAAUGGAUUGCCUGCCAUCAGAGAGUUUAUACGAAGAAUGGCAAAUGAACUUGACAUCGAUGGGGACAAUGUUCGAGUUGCUGUUGUGCAAUACAGUGACGACGCUGCGGAGUACUUCCACCUGAAAGCUCACAAAACAAAAAGGGCUGUCAUCUACGCUGUUAGAAGCCUAAGGCAUAAAGGAGGAAGACCCCGCAACACCGGGGCAGCUCUUCAGUAUGUUAGGGACAAUGUUUUCACUGCUUCGUCCGGGAGUCGACAUCUGGAAGGGGUUCCUCAGAUUUUGUUUUUGUUAAUUGGUGGAGAGUCCAGUGAUGACGUCACAGCUGCUGCAUCUGAUCUCAAACGCCUUGGGGUUCUUUCGUUUGCCAUUGGGAUGAAAAAUGUCAGGCAAGAGGAGCUGCAGAGCAUUGCCUACUCUUCCAGAUUUAUUUUCAACCUACCAGUCUUUGGUGAACUUUUGUCCAUACAGCCAGAGAUCCUUGCCUUUGUCCAGUCAAAAAUGGGAAUUGAGCCCCCCACUAUUGUCGUUGAAUUAGAUGCUGCACAGAGAGACAUAGUGUUCCUAUUGGAUGGGUCUGAUGAUAGUAGGAGUGGAUUUCCAGCCAUGUGCGGAUUUGUUCAAAGAUUGGUGGAGAACCUCAAUGUUGGAGAGAACAAAGAUCGAGUUUCUGUGGUUCAGUACAGCAGAACUCCAGAGGCCCAUUUCUUACUGAACACAUAUCCAGAAAAACAAAGUGUUCUAGGUUCUAUUCGAAGCCUACAGCACAAAGGGGGUAGACCCCUCAACACCGGGGCAGCCCUCCAGUACGUAAAGGACAAUGUCUUUACUGCCUCCUCGGGAAGCAGAAGCCAAGAAGGCAUCCCUCAGAUACUGAUACUACUAAGUGGUGGCAAAUCUCAAGAUGAUGUUGGAAGUGCUGCUGCUGCUUUGAAACAGGACAGAAUUGUACCAUUCAGUAUUGGUACGAGGAAUUCAGACAUUCUAGAGCUCCAAAUGAUAGCACAUAUUCCCUCCUAUGCCCUUUCUGUCCCUCGGUUUGAUGACCUUGAAAGCAUUCAACAGCAGCUUUUGUCAUUUGUUAAAAGGGUCCCUCGUCAGCCAAGAGUGUAUCAACCAACUGUAGUAGAUAACACUGAAUCCAAACAACUUGAUGUUGUAUUUUUACUGGAUGGCUCUGAUGAAACUCUAAAUGGAUUUGAGGCAAUGCGUGACUUUGUUCAAAGAGUAGUGGAGAAACUCACGGUGCAGGAGACUAGAGAUCGAGUCUCUGUGGUGCAGUAUAGCAAAGAACCAGAGGCCCACUUCUAUCUGAACACUUACACAACAAAGCAAGACAUUGUUGACGCUGUAAGACAACUGAGGCACAAAGGAGGGAUCACCCUCAACACUGGGGUAGCUCUCCAGUAUGUCAGGGAUAACAUCUUUACUGCCUCCUCCGGAAGUAGACGCCAAGAGGGCAUCCCUCAGAUUCUGGUUUUAUUGAGUGGAGGAAGGUCCAAUGAUGAUGUCAGAAAUGCAGUGAAAAACUUGAAAGCAAUUGAUGUGAUGGCAAUAGUGGUGGGGAUGAGGAAUGCUGAUACGCUUGAGCUUCAAACUAUUUCAGAUGAACCCAGCUAUGCUUUCUAUGCUCCAAAUUACAAUGAUCUCCCAAACAUUCAACAGCAAGUGUUCUCGGCUGUUCAGAGAGUUGCAAUGACUACUCCUAACUUGCCAACAACACUAAUAGAUGCAACAACGGACGACAGGAGGGACAUUGUAUUUUUACUUGAUGGUUCUGAUGAUUCCGGAAGAAUAUUCCCAGAUAUCCAAGACUUUAUGCAGAGAGUUGUGGAGAAACUCAAGGUAGACGGGAACAAAGAUCAUGUGUCUGUGGUUCAGUACAGUGACACAGCAGAGGUUAAUUUCAACUUGGGUAUGCAUUCAACAAAAGAUGAUGUUCUUGAUGCUGUUCGAGGUCUGAGGCACAAAGGAGGAAGCCCUCUAAAUACUGGAGCAGCUCUCCAGUAUGUGAGGGAUAAUGUCUUUACUGCCUCCAGUGGAAGUAGAAGCCUGCAAGGUGUUCCACAGAUACUAAUACUGCUGAGUGGUGGAAGAUCUACUGAUGAUAUCAGAACUCCUGUCACAAAGCUCAAAGAAAUGGGAGUCAUUUCAAUCGGUAUUGGCACAGGAGAUGCAGACACACUUGAAUUGCAAACAAUAUCUCAUGAACCCAAUUAUGCUCUUUCCAUUACUGAUUUUGAAGACCCCACAAUUCAGAAAGAAUUGCUGUCAUUGUUAACAGACGCAUCCCAUCAACCAGAGCCAGCUGCUCCUACCAUUCAUUUCGAAUCUGACAAAAAAGAUGUUGUAUUUCUCAUUGAUGGAUCUGACAACUCUCAAACUGGUUUUGAGGGGAUUCGUCGCUUUGCAGAGAAAGUAGUGGAGAUUCUUAAUGUGGAGGAAAAUGGCGACCGGGUGGCCCUUGUUCAGUACAGUGGGAACGCCACACCCAAUUUCUAUCUGAAUUCAUACUCUUCUAAAAAGGACGUGCUUAAUUCAAUAAGAUCCAUGAGGCACACAGUUGGAAGACCUCUCAACACUGGCACAGCCCUGCAGUUUGUGAGAGACACCGUAUUUACAGCUUCAGCUGGAGGCAGACGUGCUGAGGGUGUGCCUCAAUAUCUAUUUGUCUUCAGUGGAGGGAGAUCUAGUGAUGAUAUAAUGGGACCAGCACAGUCAUUGAGAGGGGAUGGAGUAAGAACAUUUAGCAUUGGAACAAGGAAUGCUGAUACGUUGGAGUUACAAAUGAUAUCUUUUAAACCAGGAGACUCUUUUUCUGUUUCCAAUUUUAACAACCUUGACAGCAUACACUCUUCAGUGACAGCUGUAAUAAAUGGUGUUCGGGAAACACCUGAAAUGUCAACUGUCAUUGACAAUUCCACUUUGUUGACAUCAGAUAUCCAGAGGGUGGAUGGGGUUGAUGUUGUAUUUCUACUUGAUGGAUCUGAUGAGAUGCAAAAAGGUGUCCAAUCAAUCUGUGAUUUCCUUGGCCAAUUUGUUGAACAUCUUGACAUCGGGCCAGACAAAGCACAAGUUGCUAUGAUCCAGUACAGUAACAAACCUACCACUCAUUUCCUAUUGAACACGUACUCAUCGAAGAUUGAUAUCAUGGCAGAAGUACGCAAUAUCAAUCUUGAAGGAGGAAGGUCCCGCAACACUGGGGAAGCUCUUGAUUAUGUUAAAAACAACGUCUUUAAUACCUCCUCAGGAAGUAGACGCCAAGAUGGCAUCCCUCAGAUACUGAUACUGAUAAGUGGGGGAAAAUCACAAGAUGAUGUUCUGGUUCCAUCUGAGAGUCUGAAGGCAGAUGGAAUAGUGCUUUUGACUGUUGCGGUAAAAUAUGCAGAUGGAGCGGAGAUGCAGAGCAUUGCAUACAGUCCUAAUCAUGCAUAUUUGCUAAGAGAGUUUUCUGACCUUUCUCUUGUUAGACAACAGUUGCUCUCAGCAGUUGUCUCUCAUAAAGACACAGUAAGACCGGGCUUAGUUCAAGGCUCCAGUGUGAAAAGAGACAUAGUUUUCCUCCUUGAUGGAUCUGAUGAUGUAAGGAGUAGAUUUACAGAUAUACGAGAGUUUGUUGCGAAAGUGGUGGAAAAGUUUGAUGUCGACAAGGGAAAAGAUCAAGUUGCUGUCCUGCAGUACAGCAACAGUGCAGCAGUGAACUUUAACCUGAAUGCGUACAAGACAAGAGAUGAUGUGCUUUCAGCAGUCAGAAAUCUGAGGCCAAAGGGUGGGAGGCCACUAUAUACUGGCACGGCCCUCCAGUUUGUGAAGGACAAUGUCUUUACUAAUAAUGCUGCAAGUCGACGUCAUGAAGGUGCUGAACAGAUCCUAGUGCUUCUGACUGGUGGCAGAUCUAGAGAUUCUCCUCGAGGUCCUUCCAGGGCCCUCAAGACUUUGGGGGUUGUAACAUUUGCUAUUGGAUCAAGGAUGACCGAUUUGGAAGAAAUGCAAUCAAUAUCAUCUCUUCCAAAUUAUUCUUAUUCAGUCCAUGAUUUUGCAAACCUUCAAAACAUCCAGCAAAGUUUGGAGACAAAUCUUGCUCAAGUACGACCACAGGAGGUACCUAGAGUUGUGGAAAGUGAUGGAAGUAGGAGAGAUAUCGUGUUUCUUCUGGAUGGAUCAGAUAACACCAGAACAGGAUUCCCAGCUAUUCAGGAGUUCCUCCACAAAAUCAUUGAAAAUCUCAAUGUGGAACAAAAGAAUGACAGAGUGGCUGUGGUUCAGUUUAGUGACAGUGCAGUGGCAAACUUUUAUUUGAAUUCAUUUCUGAGAAAGAAUGACAUGUUGAAUUCUGUGAGGGGACUCUCACACAAAGGGGGAAGACCCCUUAAUACUGGAGCAGCUCUUAAGUUUGUGAAAGAAAAUGUAUUCACAAGAUCCUCUGGGAGUAGACAAUUGGACGGUGUGAAACAAAUGCUAAUUCUCCUCAGUAGUGGACGGUCAAGAGACAAUGUGGAUGCACCAGCCUCUGCUCUCAAGGAGCUUGGUGUCUUGGUGUUUGGAAUUGGAACAAGGAGCUCUGAUAUCAGAGAGUUACAGAAGAUAUCCUAUGACCCCAGUUAUGCUCUCUCCGUGUCUGAAUUCACUGACCUCCCCGACAUCCAACAGCAGCUUCUUUCUGCCAUGAACACUGCCGUUAUACAGGACACAACCAUGACACCAACACUAACACCACCAAUACUAGUUGAGAGUCAGGCUCCCAGGAGGGAUGUUGUGUUCUUGCUGGAUGGAUCUGAUGGCACUAGGAGUGGAUUCCCAGCCAUGCGUGACUUUGUUCAAAGAGUGGUGGAGACUCUCAGUGUGGAUGAGAACAAAGAUCGCGUUGCGGUGGUCCAGUACAGUAGAGAUCCAGCCGCCCAAUUCUAUCUGAACACAUACACAACAAAGGGAGAGAUUCUCAACACUGUAAGAGGUCUGAGACACAAAGGCGGGAGACCUCUCAACACUGGAGCAGCUCUCCAGUACGUGAGGUACAAUGUGUUUACUGCCUCCUCCGGAAGCAGACGCUUGGAAGGCGUUCCACAGCUACUGAUUCUGUUGAGUGGUGGAAGGUCCGUUGACAAUGUUGACACGCCAGCCUCUGCUCUGAAGGAGCUUGGGGUUUUGGUCUUUGGAAUUGGAACAAGGAGCUCUGAUAGCAGAGAAUUGCAGAGGAUAUCACAUGAUCCCAGUUACGCUCUGUCUGUCUCAGACUUUACUGACCUUCCGAGCAUCCAGCAGCAACUUCUGUCCUCGGUGGAGGCAGUGGUUAUUGAUGUUACUCCAGAAUCACCAACAGUUUUAGUUGAUCAUGACACCGCCAGAAAGGAUGUGGUAUUCCUUCUGGAUGGUUCUGAUGGCACAAGGAAUGGAUUCCCAGCAAUGCGUGAUUUUGUUCAGAGAGUAGUAGAGAAACUCAAUGUGGGAGGAGACAAAGACCGCGUUUCUGUGGUCCAGUACGGUAGAGAUCAAGAAGUUAAUUUCUAUCUGAACACAUACACCACGAAGGGCGACAUUCUUGACAUCGUCAGAGGUCUGAGGCACAGAGGAGGUAGACCCCUCAACACUGGGGCAGCCCUCCAGUAUGUAAGGGACAACGUCUUUACUGCCUCCUCAGGAAGCAGAAGCCAAGAGGGUGUCCCUCAGAUGCUGAUACUGCUGAGUGGCGGGAGGUCCAAUGAUAAUGUUGAUAUACCAGUUUCUGCCCUCAAAGAGAGUGGGGUCUUGAUCUUUGGCAUUGGAAACAGAAAUUCUAGCAAAGAGGUUCAAAGGAUUGCCUCUGACCCCAGUUAUUCCCAGUCUGUUUCUGAAUUCUCUGAUCUCCCCAGCGUCCAGGAUAAGUUUUUCUCCUCACUCAUUACUGUACAUGAUGGCGCAACACCCAUUUCCCCAACAGUCAUAGUGGACCUAAACGUCGCCAGAAAGGAUGUAGUAUUCUUGCUGGAUGGUUCUGAUGGCACUAGGAAUGGCUUCCCAGAAAUGCGUGACUUUGUUCAAAGAGUAGUGGAGAAACUCACUGUAGGGGAGAACAGAGAUCGAGUCUCUGUUGUACAGUAUAGCAGAGAACCGGAGGUCCACUUCUAUCUGAACACUUACACAAGAAAAGAAGAGGUUGUUGACACCGUAAGAGGGCUGAAGCAUAAAGGAGGGAGACCCCUCAACACUGGAGCAGCUCUCCAGUAUGUCAGGGACUACGUCUUUACUGCCUCCUCUGGAAGUAGGCGCCUUGAAAGUGUUCCACAGAUUCUGAUACUGCUAAAUGGUGGAAGGUCCUUUGACAAUGUAGAUAAACCCGCUUCUGCUCUCAAGGAGCUUGGUGUCUUGGUGUUUGGAAUUGGAACAAGGAGCUCUGAUAGCAGAGAGUUACAGAAGAUAUCCUAUGACCCCAGUUAUGCCCUCUCCGUGUCUGAAUUCACUGACCUCCCCGACAUCCAACAGCAGCUUCUUUCUGCCAUGAACACUGCCGUUAUACAGGACACAACCAUGACACCAACACUAAUACCAACAAUACUAGUUGAGAGUCAGGCUCCCAGGAGGGAUGUUGUGUUCUUGCUGGAUGGAUCUGAUGGCACGAGGAGUGGAUUCCCAGCCAUGCGUGACUUUGUUCAAAGAGUGGUGGAGACUCUCAGUGUGGAUGAGAACAAAGAUCGUGUUGCGGUGGUCCAGUACAGUAGAGAUCCAGCCGCCCAAUUCUAUCUGAACACAUACACAACAAAGGGAGAGAUUCUCAACACUGUAAGAGGUCUGAGACACAAAGGCGGGAGACCUCUCAACACUGGAGCAGCUCUCCAGUACGUGAGGGACAAUGUCUUUACUGCCUCCUCCGGAAGCCGGCGCUUGGAAGGCGUUCCACAGCUACUGAUUCUGUUGAGUGGUGGAAGGUCCGUUGACAAUGUUGACACGCCUGCCUCUGCUCUGAAGGAGCUUGGGGUUUUGGUCUUUGGAAUUGGAACAAGGAGCUCUGAUAGCAGAGAAUUGCAGAGGAUAUCACAUGAUCCCAGUUACGCUCUGUCUGUCUCAGACUUUACUGACCUUCCGAGCAUCCAGCAGCAACUUCUGUCCUCGGUGGAGGCAGUGGUUAUUGAUGUUACUCCAGAAUCACCAACAGUUUUAGUUGAUCAUGACCCCGCCAGAAAGGAUGUGGUAUUCCUUCUGGAUGGUUCUGAUGGCACAAGGAAUGGAUUCCCAGCAAUGCGUGAUUUUGUUCAGAGAGUAGUAGAGAAACUCAAUGUGGGAGGAGACAAAGACCGCGUUUCUGUGGUCCAGUACGGUAGAGAUCAAGAAGUUAAUUUCUAUCUGAACACCUACACCACGAAGGGCGACAUUCUUGACAUCGUCAGAGGUCUGAGGCACAGAGGAGGUAGACCCCUCAACACUGGGGCAGCCCUCCAGUAUGUAAGGGACAACGUCUUUACUGCCUCCUCAGGAAGCAGAAGCCAAGAGGGUGUCCCUCAGAUGCUGAUACUGCUGAGUGGCGGGAGGUCCAAUGAUAAUGUUGAUACACCAGCCUCUGCUCUGAAAAAAAUAGGAGUUAUGAUAUUCAGUGUUGGAUCUCGAGCGUCAGACAUUAAUGAGUUACAACGCAUUUCCUUUGAUCCAAGUUAUGCUCUUUCAGUGUCUGAGUUCAGUGAUCUUCCAAACAUCCAAGAGCAGCUACUCACAAGAGUUGAAACUUUCAAUAUUAGUCUUAUGGGAGAAACUAUGAUGGGACAUAGAGAUGUUGUAUUUCUUCUGGAUGGUUCUGAGGGCACAAGGAAUGGAUUCCCAGCAAUGCGUGAUUUUGUACUCAAAGUAGUGGAGAAUCUCAAUGUGGGAGGAAACAAAGACCGCAUUUCCGUGGUUCAGUAUAGUAGAAAUCAAGAGGUACAUUUCUAUCUGAACACAUACACCAAAAAGGAGGACAUUCUUGACAGCAUAAGACAUCUGAGGCACAAAGGUGGUAGACCCCUCAACACAGGGGCAGCACUCCAGUUCGUUAAAGACCACAUCUUUAAAGACACCUCUGGAAGCAGACGUUAUGAAGGUGUCCCUCAGAUAUUGAUUUUGCUGAGUGGUGGACAGUCAAAUGACGCUGUUAGCCAAGCUGCCUUUGACAUGAAAGGUCAAGGAAUUCAGAGUGUUGGCAUUGCCAUCAGACAGGCCGACACUAGAGAAAUGCAGUCAAUUACGUCUGAUCCACAGCUCAUCCUUGUGGCACGAGACUUUUCAGAUCUGUCAGCAAUGCAUCUGGAGCUUUUAUCAUCAAUUGCUCAGGUUUCCAGUCCUGGUUUGAUAGCUGAGUCUCAGGGUCCCAAGAAGGAUAUCGUCUUCCUUGUUGAUGGCUCAGAUGGCGUCGGAAGGGAGUUCCCCAUCAUCCAGGAGUUCAUCAGCUCAAUCGUGAAGGACCUCAACGUGGGCGAGAACAAGAUCAGGAUUGGUGUGGUGCAGUAUGGCGACUCCCCCAAUGCAGAUAUCUACCUAAACUCCCACACAACCAAGGAGGGUGUUAUGAAUGCUGUCAAGGGACUGAGGCAGCGAGGCGGCCGGGAACGUAACCUGGGUCAGGCAGUGGAGUUUGUCAGCAGUGAAGUGCUGAAUGUUCGACGUGGCGGCAGGAAGGAGGAGGGUGUUCCACAGUUCCUGAUUGUCGUUUCUGGUGGAAGGUCCACAGAUGAUAUCCGUCGACCUGCGACCUCACUGAAGAAGUCAGGUGUUUUGCCCUUCAGCAUCGGGACCAGAGAUGUAAACUCUCAGGAGCUUCAGGUUGUUUCCUAUGUUCCCAACUUUGCAUACACUGUGGAUGACCUCCCUGGCCUGUACACAGUCCAGGACAAACUGAUCUCCACGCUCACAGAGAUGUCCGAUGACGACAUUGCCAGGCUACGUCCUGUUUUCCCAACUCCGGAUGUCAUAGUACCCACUGGCGGAGAAAAGAGGGAUGUGGUGUUCCUCAUUGACGGCACAACAGCUGUGCGCAGCGAGUUCCCCGCCAUCCGUGACAUGAUCGGGAGGGUCGUGGAAAAGCUGGACGUGGGUCUGGAUCGGGUGAGGGUGUCAGUGGUGCAGUACAGCGACGAUGCCAGAACGGAGUUCCUCUUGAACGAGCACUCCACCAAAGACGAGGUCCGCCAAGCCACGAGGAAGAUUCAGAGCAGGGGUGGAAACCGUCUAAACACUGGCCGUGCCCUCGAUUGGGUCUCCAAGAACAUCUAUCAGAGAUCAGCCGGUAGCCGCAUCGAGGAGGGUGUGCCUCAGUUCCUCAUUCUAGUCACGGGGGGAAAGUCCAACGACGACGUCUCUGGACCAGCCAACCAGCUGAAGACCAACCUGGUUGCCCCUCUUGCCAUCGGGGCAAAGAAUGCCGACCCCAACGAACUGCGGCAGAUCUCCCUGAAGCCAGAAUUCGCCUACUCCAUUAACAACUUUGGCCAGCUUCCAACAGUGGAGCAACAGCUUAUUGCUUCAGUCAACACCAUGACCACCACUGACAUCUCCAGUAGUUUUGUCCCUCCUGUUUUGGAUAUUGCUAACCUCAACAUGGGGAGGAAGGACAUCAUCUUCCUCAUAGACGGCUCGGACACCACAGGGUCCAGUGGCAUCGCCCACAUCCGUGACUUCAUCCUCAACAUCGUUCAGCAGCUGGAUGUGCAACCUGACCAGGUUCGGGUCGCUGUUGUCCAAUACUCUGACAAGGUCAAGACUGAUUUCUCUCUCAAUUCCCACAACAACAAGCCAGCUGUGCUCUCUGCCAUCAAAAGACUACGCCAGCAGGGUGGCAGAUCGUCCGAUCUUGCCAAAGCCAUCGAGUAUGUGAUCAGGAACGAGCUGAAAUCCUCAGCGGGUGUCCGGCUUGCGGAGGCCUCCCAGCAUCUAGUGGUCCUCACCGGCGGGAGGUCCCCCACUGACGUGUCUGUGUAUGGCCCUCUGCUCAAAGGCUCUCGGGUCAACUGCAUUGGCAUUGGGGCUGGCGGAGUAGACUCCAGGCAGCUCAACCAGAUUGCCACCAGCUCUGCCGAUGUUCUUCAGGUACCUACUUUCCCCGGCUUGCCUACCAUUAAGGAGAGGUUCAUUGCCAGGCUCAAUGGGACAAUCCCCGAGGAGGCCCCUACAGAAAUUGAUGACCCAACUUCAGGACUCCCGAAAGCCAAGGCUGCUGACAUCGUGUUCUUGGUGGAUGGCUCCAUCAACCUUGGCAAGGACAACUUCAAGGAAGUGAUGGAGUUUAUCCUGAACCUUGUAGACCUCUUCUUCACCGAGCGUGACAACCUGCAGAUUGGCCUGGCCCACUAUGCCACCGACGUCACCGACGUCUUCUACCUCAACACCUACAAGACCAAGGAUGACAUCAUCAACGCCCUUAGUCGCACAGAGUACAAGGGUGGCCGCAGGAUCAACACGGGUGCUGCCAUUCGCCACGUGCAGGAGAACCACUUCAUCAAAGAUAAAGGCAGCAGGAAGGAUGAGGGCAUCCCCCAGAUCCUGAUGAUCGUCACUGGCGGAAAGUCAUCCGACGAUGGCAAGACUGCCGCUCUGGGGUUGAAGGCCACCGGUGUCCGUAUCUACGCCGUUGGCGUGGGCGACAUUGAGGACGAGUUGAACAACCUGGCAAGCGAGGCCUCCACGGUGGCCAGGGCGAGCACGUUCGUGGAGCUCUCUGAGCUCAACGAGCAGAUCUUGGAAACAUUGGACGACGAGGUGAAGGGCAUCAAGCUGUGCACUGGCGUGAGCCAGGAACCCUCAAAAGCCUGCAGUCUGGAGGUGUUGGUGGGCUUCGACGUAUCCUCGCAGAACAUCUUCCAGGCCCAGAGGAUCCUGGAGUCCAAGAUGGGUGCCAUCCUCCAGAGGAUCACCAAGAUGACGGGCAUCAGUUGCUCAUCGGGACAGAUCCCCUCGAUCCAGGUGGGCAUCCUGGCCAUGGAUAGUGCCUCGGAACCUGUCCACUUGGAGUUCACGGACAACGCCGACAUGCUGUUUGAGGCAUUCCGGGCCCUGCGCAAUCGCGGCCCCUAUGUCCUCAAUGCCAAGACCAUUUCCGCAUACGGUUCGAGGUUCAAAAGCCGAGCCACAGACGCAGUCAAGGUUGUGAUCCAUCUGACUGACGGUCUGGAUGGCCAGUAUAACGAAAUGAAGAGAGGAGUUGAAGAACUUAAGAUUUCAGGUGUGAACAGCUUCAUCCUGGUGGGUCUGGAGCGGGUACCCAGGUUUGAGGAGGCUGUGCUGCUGGAGUUUGGCCGAGGCUUCAGGUACACCAGACCCCUCCGAGUCAAUGUCAUGGACCUGGACUACGAGCUUCUGGAGGAACUGGACAACAUUGCUGAGAGGGAGUGCUGUGCAGUGCCAUGUAAAUGCACCGGCACAAGGGGAGACCGAGGAGCAGUCGGGCUUGGAGGAUCCAAGGGCAGCCCAGGUGGAGCAGGCGGAGCAGGACAUCCCGGAGAUGAGGGAGGACCCGGAGACAGAGGUCCUCCUGGUGUCAAUGGAACGCAAGGUUUCCAGGGCUGUCCUGGACAGAGGGGCAUCAAGGGUGGUCGUGGAUACUCUGGAGAAAAGGGGGAAUAUGGAGAGAUCGGCCUGGAUGGCAUAAACGGAGAAGAGGGCAAGAGUGGAGUCGCUGGACCCCCAGGAGACAGAGGGCACUCUGGGAGAAGGGGACCCAAAGGAACUAAAGGACAUGCAGGAGACAUCGGGGAUACAGGAAUCAGAGGAGAUCCUGGAACCACAGGUCAAGAUAACAAUGUGGCUGGACCUAAAGGAGACCCAGGCGAUGUCGGCCCAGUGGGAGAGCCAGGGGAGGAUGGUAAGAAGGGAGGCCCCGGUGAACCAGGCAGGACGGGUUCUGAUGGUAGAAGAGGCCCACCUGGACAAGCUGGAACCCCUGGCAAACCCGGAGGCGAUGGUGUGCAGGGAGAGCCUGGUAUUGGAGGAUCCAGAGGCCAAGCUGGACCAAUCGGUGCACCUGGAACCAGAGGUGAGGACGGAAACCCUGGACCAAGGGGUCCAGGAGGAGCCCAGGGAACCCCCGGAGACAAGGGCAGGAGAGGAGCUCUGGGUCGCAAGGGUGAGCCAGGAGAGCCCGGACCAAAAGGCAUCGUAGGACCUCUGGGACCUCGUGGUGAGCCUGGCGAAGAUGGUCGAGAUGGAUUUGGUAUCGCAGGGCCCAAAGGAAGAAAGGGUGAUGAGGGCUUCCCGGGAUUCCCAGGACCAAAGGGGGCGGCAGGUGAUGGAGGAAACAAUGGCGGACCAGGACCCAUAGGAAACCGUGGCCAGAGGGGUGUUUCAGGUGAAAUCGGUACUCCGGGUCAAAAGGGAGAGGUUGGAUACCCCGGGCCUUAUGGCCAGAAAGGACCGAGAGGACCUGGCGUUGUGCAAUGUGACCUUGUGAAGAAAAUCAGAGACAACUGUCCUUGCUGCUAUGGUCAACAGGAGUGCCCUCUCUACCCCACUGAGCUAGCCUUCGCCCUGGACGCCUCAGACGGCGUGGGUCGGCCCGCCUUCAACAACAUGCGUGACGCCGUGCUCCGCCUGGUCGGCAACAUCACCAUCUCCGAGAGCAAUUGCCCACGCGGUGCCCGCGUGGCCCUCACCCUCUACAGCAAUGAGGUGACCACCGAGAUCCGCUUUGCCGAUGCGCUGAAGCGCCGCUCCCUGGUGCAGCGUGUGGAAGGCUUGCAGGCAUUACAGACGCGCAAACAGCGCAGCCUGGAGACGGCCAUGAACUUCCUGGCUCAGAACACCUUCAAGAGGGUGCGCAGCGGCUUCCUCAUGAGGAAGGUUGCCAUAUUCUUUGUCAACGGGCCAGUGAAGGAUCAGCGGGCAGUCAGCGCCGCGGCCCUCCGUCUCUAUGACUCUGGCAUCGCCUCAGUGUUUCUGGUCAACAAAGAGGAUGGCCAGCUUACCAGAGCCCUGAAGAUGAACAACACGGGGUCAGCACUGGGUCAGGUGAUCGUACUGCCUAAUCCCGGAAGUGCACAGUACAACUCGGCUAUCCAAAAGGUCAUGAGCUGCCACAUCUGCCUGGACUCCUGUGCUCCAGACCAAAUGUGUGACUACGUCCCCCCUCAGCAGUCGAGAGACAGGAGGUCCUCCACCACCGACGUGGACAUUGACAUGGCCUUCGUCAUGGACAGCUCCGAGACCACCUACCCCACUGUCUUCACAGAGAUUAAACGCUAUGUUGCUCACAUUGUAGAGCAACUUGAAGUCUCGUCAGACCCUAUGGCAUCCAUCCACCACGCCCGUGUGGCUGUGAUCCAGCAGGCACCCUACGAGUUCCUGCGCAACAGCAGCGGCUCGCCGAUCCGCGUGGACGUGGGUCUGACCGACCACCGCUCGGCCCAAGACAUCCGCAACUUCCUCCUGGACAAAACGCCCCAACUGGAGGGUGGGCGGGCGCUGGCGGCAGCCAUCGAGCACACGGUGGAGCAGGUGUUUGAAAGGGCGCCCCACCAGCGUGACCUCAAGAUGCUGACAUUGUUCGUGACAGGCCCAGUGGAGGAGGAUGAGGAGCGGCUGGUUGCCGUGGCCACCGAUGCCAAGUGCAAGGGCUAUUUCUUGGUCAUUCUGGGCGUUGGCGAGAAACUUAGUGCUGGGGACGCCCGCGUGAUGAUGCGCAUGGCCAGUGAGCCCUCCGACGUCUUCUUCAAGAGGCUGACCAGCACCUCACACUUCUACGACAAGCACAUUCAGAACUUUGGCCGACUGCUGCCCAAGUAUCUCAGCAUUGAGAACGCUUUCUACAUGUCCCCCGAAGUCUCCAAAAACUGUCAUUGGUACCAGAGUGACCAGCCAUUCCCCAAGUUCCCCUUCCCCAAAUCACACCACAGCCAAGAGAAACAUCAAAAACACCAUGAAAAUCACCAGGCAGUCCAUCCAAGAAAGCACAAAGACCAAGAGGAGUUGCACGUAACCAACACCACUUCCAGUGGCCUGACCCUGCGCUGGGCCAGCCCAGACCCCAAGCUCAUAGCCUACUUCGAGGUGGUGGUGACGCGCCUGCGCGACCACACACUGGUGCUGAGGAGGAAUGUGACAGGCACGGAGCUCACUGUCGGCGGCCUGGAGAGCGCCCAGACCUACCACGCCGUGGUGACCACACGCACCGCCCAGGGCCACGUUGCGGCCACACACAAAGGCAUUAUUACCACCAAAGCAGCAGCAGAGCAUAAGAUCGCUGCUCCCAUGGAGGUGACUGGUAUCAUAGCCACUACACCACUGGACAAACCAGAGAUUGCUAACGAGCUCACAGACCCAUGCUCUCUUGACUUUGACCCUGGAUUGGCGUGCAAAAACCAUCAGGCUAAGUGGUUCUUUGACAGAAAGAAUGGGAUCUGUACCCAGUUCUGGUAUGGUGGUUGUGAAGGCAAUGGCAAUAGGUUCGAGACUGAAGCCCAGUGCUUGAAACGCUGCAUGAGGUCAGAACCUGAGCAACAAGUGGAACAGCUUCAGACUGAGAUCCUUUCAGCGCCCGCGGCCUUGACAGGAGUGGAAAUCUGUCAGCUCCCCAAAGAGGAAGGCGCAUGCGCAAAGUUUGUUCUCAAGUGGCACUACGAUGCACUCAGCAAGAGCUGCACACGCUUCUGGUACGGAGGCUGUGGCGGCAACCAGAAUCGCUUCGAAACUCAAGAGGAGUGUGAGAAGGCCUGUGGAAAAGCAGCUCUGCCUGGAGGGCAAAAGGCAUGGGAUUGGUUGGAUGAAAGCCGCGCAAACCCAGAGCGGCACUCACAGCGACGAGUGAGAAUGAAAGGAAAGAGAAGAAAAGGCUCGCUAGGUGCACCUGUCAACCAAGGAGUCAUUGCCGCAAUACGAACAUAGGAGGACAUUGAUUCAUUGUCAACAUAUUCCUCUUCUGAGAUUCGGAAGAAAACCAAUUCAAAUGGCCAAAGAAAAGCUAUACCAAAGGAAAGGUGGCUGCACUGGAUUCCAUGAACAGGAUUUGAUCAAAAACAAUCUUGAAGUAGUCUUUUUCACAAAAUGAAAGCAACACAAUUUGCUGCAUGAUUUCUCCUACUGGUGCUACAUAUUGUUUUUUAGUUCUCUGAUGGAGUUGCAGAGUACAUCCAGUGUUUGUAAUGUAAAACAUUCUGCAACAGUUACACCAUAUGUUUAACAUCAAAUAAUAAACUCAUGAGAAUAAGGUUUUAUAAUUAAAAUGUAUGUGUAUGACCAUCUUGGGACAGAGAUGAUCAAUAAAUCGUUAUUUACACACACACACGAACACACACACGAACACACACACACACACACACACACACAGGUCCACAAUGACUUUGAAAGGGUCACCAUAGGUUUAUUUUACUUCACUAUAUAAGUAAGUAAGCAUUUCACUGUUAAUCUACACAUGUUGUUUACAAAGCAUGUGAUGAAUAACAUUUGAUUUGAUAUAUCCCCCAAUUUACUUUCCCUCACCAUGCCAAAUACUCUCCUAGUUGCAGAGUUCACGCUGAUGCUAACACAAGUCCUACCUGGCAGUGUGUAUAUAAUGAGUUAAACCAAUUUCUCAGCGUCUAAAGGAAUUCAUCAUGUAACGUCAAUGCACUUCUGGAACCACUGCCUCAAACACAUGUUCCAGUUUUUGAAUAUGGAAUGUAAUUGUCAAGCUGUUUUUUGUUUUGUUUUACUAAACUUUGUGUUUCAUCUGGGAAUGGGGGAAAUAAAAAUGAAUUAGACUUUCUAAUAAA